AUGAAUGGUCAUCCGUCCGGUUCUCGACAGUGUAGUCAAUGUACAAAGGUUGUGUCAGAAAACGAUAUUCAUAAUCAUAUACUCAACUGUCGAUCAGCGAUAAUUAAUGAAUCUUUUGAGAAAGAUCCAUCAACUCAAAUGAAGACUUGUCCACGUUGUCAUAAACUUGUUGAAGAUUUAUUUUCACAUUAUCAAACUUGUUUAUCUGAUGAAGAAAAAGAUGAUUCAGUAUUUCAGACACCAAGAGGUCAAUCACCUAUUCAAAUAAACCAAAUUGUUUUCGUCGAUAAAACGAAUUCAAAUCAAAAGCGAUGUAUCUUAUGUUCACAAUAUAUUAAUGAAUAUGAUUUUGAAAAACAUUGUCGCAAUUGUUUAAGUGACAAUGUCACACAACAACAACAUAGUUCAACAAAUGAACAGAAACCGUUGCAAACAACAAUAAAACCAAUAAAGAAGACACCAAUCGAAGAAGACCGUUCAACAAAUCUCGUCACCAAAAAAUGUAUUUUAUGUUCACAAAAUGUUGAUGAAAAGGAUUUCGUUGUUCAUAUGGCAAUUUGUUCAUCGAAUCAGUUACAAAACAAUUCAAAUAAUGAAAAUGAGAAACAAUGCGCUUUAUAUUCGAAUUUUAUUGAUGAAUCUGAAGAUAUUUCUUCUUGCUCGAUUGAUCAAAAUAAUCCGAAAAUUGAAUAUUCAGAUGUGAUUCCCAAAGUAAAAGAAAUAAAACCUAAAAUAAAUCCAACAACAACAUUCAAUUCAUCAAACGAUAAUGACAUAAAUACUUUUAAUGCAUCAUCGAAUGAAGUUAAACCAAAGAAAAGAGAUUGUAUUUUAUGUUUCAAAGCAAUUAAUAUCGAAGAUUAUGAAAAUCAUGUUUUAUUAUGUUUGAAUCGAAAUGAACAACUUUUGAAUACGAAAUGCUUUUCAUGUAAUCGUUCGAAAGAAAAUGAUAAUGACGCAUUUUAUAUGAUAUCGUGUGAUUAUAAUCAUCAAUAUUGUUUGAUUUGUCUUCAAAAGUCACUGAAAGAAUUUGCUCUUAAUCGUGAAAAACCUGUUUGUUGUAAAAAUAAAUGUGAUUAUGAAUUAUCUCGUCAUGAUAUUUCAUCGAUUCCACUCGAACGUCGUUGGUAUGAUCGACUUCUCAAUCUUGUUCAAGGAAAACAACGACCAUUCUGUUCAAAAUGUAAAUUUUACAUAAAUUUAAAUGAAUAUGAAACAUUUGAUGAUCAUUUUGAGCAAUGCAAUGAUGAUUUGAUUCCUUGUGAAUUUUGUUAUUUACCAUAUUCAACGAAUCAAUUAGAAAAUCAUUCAAGAGAAUGUCGAGCAAAUCAAAUCUCAUUCAAUGAAAAAUUUAUUGAAUUUAUUGUUUUCAGAACAAAAUAUCCAUUUACUAAAGAACAAAUACGAUUCUUUCUUCAACAACAAAACAAAUCUUCGUCUUCUUCAAUAGAUCCUCAUUCAAUUAUUCAAACAUUGGCUGUUUAUGGUUCAACAUUUCCGUUUGAUUUACCACGACGAGAUUGUGACAUUUGUUUAGAAGCAUGUCCAUAUGAUGAUAUUUAUGUGUUCGAUUGCAAUGACAGUCAUAAAUUAUGUUACAAAUGUUACUAUCAAUCUUGUCAAACAAAGAUGAGCAAUGGAGAAAUUUUGACUUGUGCACUUUGUCCAAAUGUAUUGAAAGAAAGUGAACUAAAUCAACUUCGUAUACCAAUAGAAGAAUUAAAGAAGAUUCAAGAUUAUCAAAUCAAAAAAACCUUUGAUGUUUAUUCAAGUCGAACAGUUGGAAUGAUUAAAUGUCCGAAACAAGAUUGUACAUGGGUUGCUGAAGCUGCUGAUCCCAAUGAACGUUUUAAAGUUAAUUGUCCUUUAUGUCAACAUGAAUUUUGUUCACUUUGUAAUCAACAAUAUCAUUAUAGAACAACAUGUCAACAACUUCCGCAGAUUACACAGCGCUGGUUCUUUUGGUGUCAAACCGAACGUGAACGAUAUUUGAGGCAGCGAGCAGAACAAGAUACAACAUAUCAAGUUCAAUUAAAUGAAUACAAUCAAAAACAUAAAGAAAAUGAUAAUCGUAAUCGUGAAUUACGUCGUCGUUACGACGAAUUACUGCAUGACGAGCGAUAUAAAGCAGAAAACUGCCGUCUUUGCCCAUCAUGUCAACGAGUUGUCGAACGUAUUGACGGUUGUGAUACAAUGGUAUGUGGUCAAGACGCACAUGGUGGAAAUGUUCAAUCGGGCUGUGGACACCGAUUCAAUUGGGCACAAGCCAAAGCUUAUCAAGCAUCAGCUACAAAACAACCGAAACAGACGAUCCUCGAUCUUCCGAGACCAGAAAAUGCGAUUGUUCAUCAUAAUGGUGUUACUUGCGAUCAAUGUAAGAAUGAAGUUAAUGGAAUUCGUUUUGACUGUGUUCAUUGUCCUUCAUUGACAUUUUGUGAAAAAUGUGAACAACAAGCAACUUUACAACAUUCACAAGAAAAUCAAGUUUUAGGACAACAACAACAUGUUUUUAAACUUAUUAUGACACCGGAAGAAGAAGCUUUUCAAUUUUAA